CCCACGUAUCGCACGUAGAGACGGCAUUUUCAAACUGUUCGUGGUUGGGGUGUCGCGUGAGAUUCUUAGAGAGAGACUUGCGUGAAUGCAGGCGGCUGUCAAUGGCGUGAAGAUGCUAGUAUUUGGAUUGGGAGACGAAAUAAUUGGUCCUGCCAGAAAUCUUAUUUGUAAUAAACAUUACUCUGUCUCAAUUUAGCUCUAUUAGUACACUCUAGUGUCUUCUUCGUGACAUCAAUUUGUUCUCCAGAAGUAAAUGUCAGUGUGUCUCGCCAUGUGUUGAGAUGUGCGAAAGUGCUUUUCUGUUUGCAAAUGGAUUAAUGGUGUGCUUUUAAAUGUAUUGUAGAAUAAUUACCUCUAAACACCCGUCGUGAGUUAAAUGUCAAAUACUUCACUCCUUGAAGUAGUUUUUCUCUUCACCUGCAAGUUCUCCAAAAACUGUUGGCUAUGCACUUACAUUUUGAAAGAAAUUCAAAUGCCAAGUGUGACUGUGCCAUCCUGUCACUCACAUGGAUGGGGAAAGUGCCAGACGAAUUACCAGAGGAUGAAGGCUGGAAGCUGAACCGCACCAACUACUACCAGGAGGGCUGGCUGGCGACGGGAAACAUCCGGGGCAUCGUGGGCGUCACCUUCACCACCUCGCACUGCAAGAAGAGCGCCGAGUUCCCGCUGCGCACCAACUAUAACCUGCGCGGCCACCGCUCCGAGGUUUUCAAAACACCUGGUUUCGUGGAUUAACAAUUCUACCCAUGUAAUCUUCCGUCAGUGAAAGACCGACUAUGAACGACUCUUCAAGAAGCCAGUUUUGCUUGACAUGCAAUCACAUACUCGUACUACGGAAGAGAAAUGAGCUCAGCUAAAAGUGCAAUAUUAACUACUACGUAAUGCUGUAUUGUCGUGUUUUUCUGUUGUUUUACAUAUUACGUGAUCUUCAAGCAAUACUUAAUGUAUUUUGCUAUUUAUCAUAAUAAUCA